AUGAAACUCCAACUUUUCCUCUUUUUCAUUUCUUUAGCUUUUUUUAGUGUCAUUUUCUGUCAGACCAAUGACAGUAACUCUGUCGAGUCUCCAGAAGACGUCACGGAUGACCUGAAUUCAGUUGAAAAUUCGGUGCAGCACACUUCCAAUGAGCAAGAUUCUGCGGAUAGUGAGGAGAAUUUUGAAACUUCAAUAUUUGGAUAUUCCUAA